CUCUCUUGUUCUUCCAUGCCAGAUCUCCCUGCCUCGGAAGAAAGUACUUUUCUUUCCUUAGACCCAUGUAAAAUUCUAAUAAAUUUCCGUCAAUUCUUCAUCUUUCUGGGUUAAAUAAAAAAUUUCAAUCCAGCAGAGGAUCGCAAUUGAAUUGAGGAGGAAGAAAGGGUUCUGAAGAGAUGGCGGGAGGUGCGGCGGGUGGAUUCGUUGCGCGGGCAUUUGAAUCAAUGCUAAAAGAAUGUUCUCAUAAGAAAUAUAGCGCCCUUCAAUCCGCCAUCCGGACUUAUUUGGACAGUGGAAAGGAUAUUAAUCAGCUGUCAAACGGUGCUGAGUCUAAGCAAGUUUUAUCAGCAGCCUCCAAUCAAAGUGGUUCAUAUGCUUCCGACGCUGGAGCUCAAAAAGCCGAUACAGGGUCUGAUAACCUAAAUAGAGUUCAUGCUGCCGAAGACGUAGAUCCUGCAAGCAGGCCUACGAACAACAGUGAAUCUAUCACAACAAUCUUGGCACAUGCAGGCCAUACUUUAGGAGAAGCUGAGGCAGAGCUUGUUUUGAAUCCACUCCGACUUGCCUUUGAAACAAAGAACAUGAAAGUGGUGGAGCUUGCAUUGGAUUGUCUUCAUAAACUCAUUGAGUACAAUCAUCUGGAGGGUGAUCCUGGUCUUGAGGGUGGUAAGAAUUCAAAAUUGUUGACAGACAUCCUCAAAAUGAUAUGCAGUUGUGUGGACAAUUCUGCAGCUGACAGUACCACUCUUCAAGUAUUAAAAGUGCUGCUUACUGCAAUUGCAUCCACAAAGAUGCGAGUGCAUGGUGAACCAUUGCUAGAAGUCAUAAAAACCUGCUUUCAUAUUGCUCUUAAUAGCAAGAGUCCUAUAAGCCAAGCUACAUCAAAAGCCAUGUUAACUCAGAUGCUUAGUAUCAUUUUUACAACCAUAGCAUCUGAUGUGGAAGGUUCUUUGGAGGAUGGGUCAAACACAAGGGUUGAAGUGUUGUCUGGUGAUUAUAAUGAUCCAGCAAAGGCCUUGAACAAUUUACUAUUUGUGAAACAGAGAAACAAUACAUCUCUUGCACCUUAUUGGGAAACUAAGACUCGUGUUGGUGGCACUGAUCUAAAGGGUUUAGAAGCCAUUCUUGAGAAGGCUGUGGAUGUUGAAGAUGGCAGUGGGGUAACCAGAGUGAUGCAUCUGGACAGCAUGAGUGUUGAGCAACGUGAUGCUUUACUUAUUUUCCAUACGCUUUGUAAGAUGGGUAUGAAAGGGGGUAAUGAUGAAGCUACUACCAAAACUCGGAUUUUGUCACUAGAGCUUCUUCAGGGCUUAUUGGAAGAUGAUGGAUGCUCAUUUAUGAAGAAUUUAUCAUUUAUUGACAUGACGAGAGCUCACCUUUCAUAUUCAUUGUUACAAGCAUCAACAUCCAAGUCUCCUGUCUUAUUUCAGCAUGUUACAGGAAUUUUCUCAGUUCUACUAUUGCGGUUCAGAGAAAGUUUCAAGGCUGAAAUCGGAAUCCUUUUUCCCGUGAUUGUACUAAGAUCAUUGGAUGCAUCAGAUCUUAACCAAAGACUAACUGUUCUUCGGAUGCUGGAGAAAGUCUGCAAAGAUCCUCAGAUGCUUGUUGACCUAUAUGUAAACUAUGAUUGUGAUCUCGAGGCACCAAAUCUGUUUGACAAGAUGGUUGUUAUGUUAUCUAAAAUUGCUCAAAGUACUCAAAAUGUGGAUGCUAAAUCUUCUGCUGCAUCCCAAGCAUCAUCUAAUAAAAUAUCAUCUCUUCAGGGUCUUGUGAAUGUGCUCAAAGCACUAGUGAUGUGGGAGAAGUCUAUCAGGGAAUCGGAUGAACAAAAUAGCUGCAAGAGAUCUUUUGAACAAGUUUCACAUAAAGAAUUGGAUGAAUCAACAUCGACUGGAAAUUCACCAGACAACUUUGAGAAGUUGAAAGCUCAUGACUUAAACAUUGAAGAUAUUAUAUCUGAGUUCAAUCAGCAGCCAGGAAUGGCCAUACAGCAUUUGAUAUCCAGUAAACUGGUGGAGAACACUCCUGUUUCUGUAGCACAAUUUCUAAGAAACACUCCCAAACUAGACAAGGCCAUGAUUGGGGAUUUCUUGGGCCAGCACGAAGAGUUCUCCAUUGCAGUUAUGCAUGCAUAUGUUGAGUCAAUGAGCUAUUCUGGAUUAAAAUUUGAAGUAGCACUUAAUGAAUUUCUGAAAACAUUUCAACUUCCUGGGGAAGCUCUGAAGAUUGAUCGCAUAAUGGAAAAGUUUACAGAAUGCUACUGUGCAGAGAAUCCUGGUUUUUUCAAGAAUGCACAAACAGCCUAUGUCCUUGCAUACACAAUUCUAAUGCUGAAAGCUUGUGGCCACAAUCCAAUGAUGGAGCCUAAAAUGACCAGAAGUGAUUUUAUUUCUCUAAACAUUUUAUAUAGCGUUGAGGAUUCUCCUCCUCAAGAACUCUUGGAGGAGGUAUAUGAUUCAGUUGUUAAAGAACAUGUGGAGUUGAAAGAUGAGUCUGCUCAAAAUUUGAGUAAUAGCAAGCAGCAGCCUGGAGUAGCGGUGGAAAGUCGGCUUCUCAAUAUUCUUAAUCUGUCCCUUCCCAAAAGGAACUCUUCAACUGACUCCAAGUCUGUGAAUGAAACAGUUAUCAAGCAAAUACAGGAUCUUUUAAAGGAACAAGGUGGAGAUAAGGGGAUGGUAUUUUACACUUCAAGAAGGAUUGAACUUGUAUGCCCAAUGGUCGAAGCUGUAGGAUGGCCAUUGCUGGCUUCUUUUGCUGUUAACAUGGGUGAAGCAGAUAAUGCACAAAGGAUGAGUAUUUGUAUGGAGGGAUUCGAAGAAGGUAUACACAUUACCCAUGUUCUUGGAAUGGAUACGCUGCGAUAUGCAUUUUUGACAUCUUUGUUGAGAUAUAAUUCAUUACAUGCACCUAAAGAGAUUCGCAGCAAAAAUGUGGAAGCACUUCGCACUGUCCUUGCGUUAUGUGGUACUGAGCUGUAUGCUCUUGAAGGCUCUUGGCUAGCAGUCCUUGAAAGCAUUUCCCGACUUGAAUAUUUGGUGUCCUCGCCUGCUAUGUCUGCAAAUAUUAUGCAAGGAGCAAAUCAAACCUCUAGAGAUGCUAUUACACAAUCUCUAACAGAGCUCUCUGGAAAACCAACAGAACAAGUAUUUCUAAAUAGCAUAAAACUGUCCAGCGAAUCAGUGGUGGAGUUUUUUUCUGCUUUAUGCAGUGUUUCUGCAGAGGAGCUAAAACAGAGUCCAGCUCGUAAUUAUAGCCUGCAAAAGAUUCUUGAAGCAAGCUAUUACAAUAUGGCUCGAAUACGCAUGGUUUGGGCUAGAAUUUGGUCUGUUUUGGCCCACCAUUUCAUCCUUGCUGGGAGUCAUGCUGAUGAAAAAGUUGCCACUUAUUCCAUAGAUUCUCUACGGCAGCUUGGUACAAAAUAUUUGGAACGUGAUGAACUUGCUAGCUUCACUUUCCAGGAUGAUAUUUUGAAACCAUUUGUUGUUCUCAUGCAAAGCUGCAGAAAUGAAUCCAUAAGAAAGCUUAUAUUAGACAGCAUUGUGCAGGUGAUCAAAUCAAAAGUCAGAAGUAUAAAGUCUGGCUGGCGUAGUGUUUUCAUGGUUUUCACCACUGCCGCCAAUGACGAUCAGGAAACCAUAGUUGAACAGGCAUUUGAAAAUGUGGAGCAAGUUAUCUUGGAACACUUCGAUCAGAUUAUUGGGAUCUGCUUUAUGGAUUGUGUGAAUUGCCUACUGGGGUUUUCUAAUAAUAAAGGUUCUUCUGGCAUAAGUUUGAAAGCUGUUGCUCUGCUUCAUAUAUGUGCAGAUAGACUUGCAGAGAGCCUUAAACAAGGUGAUACUCCAAAACAUAAUGAUGUUACGGCAGAUGAAACUUGUGAGCGUUAUUGGUUCCCUAUGCUUGCUGCUCUUUCUGACCUGACUACUGAUUCAAGAUCAGAAGUCAGGAAUUGUGCAGUUGAAGUUUUGUUUGAUAUGCUGAAUGAGAGAGGCAGCAAAUUCUCACCUUCAUUUUGGGAGAAGGUUUUCCAACAAGUACUGUUUCCUAUCUUUGAUCAUGUGAGACAUGCAGGGGAAGAGAGUUUUAUGUCUUCUGGAGAAGAGUGGCACCGGGAAAGCUGCAUUCACGCAUUACAGUUGCUAUGCAAACUUUUCAAUACCUUUUACAAGGAUGUCUCAUUUAUGCUGUCCCAGCUGCUUGAACUAUUGUUAGAUUGUGCAAAGAAAACUGAUCAGGCUAUAGUUUCAAUAUCUUUGGGUGCUUUAGUGCAUCUGAUUGAAGCUGGAGGACACCAGUUCACUUACCAUGACUGGGAUACUUUGUUGAAAAGUAUAAGAGAUGCCUCAUACACAACUCAGCCCCUUGAACUUUUAAGCGAUCCCGGUCUUGAGGCAAAGCAUCAUAAAGUAUUGACGAGACAGUUGGAUUUAGCAUCAUUAAAAACCAGUAAUACUGAGAAGCCACUUCGUGAAAAUCAAGAAACAGAGCGUCUAGCAGAUACAGAGGGAUCGGAAGGCACACCAUCACCAUCUGGAAGAGCUUCAAGGCCUUCAGAUGGUGAGAAUCUUCGACGCAGUCAAACAUUUGGACAGAAAAUAAUGGUAAAUAUGAAAGAAAACCUGCUUUUGAGAAGUUUUACAUCAAAACCCAAGAGUCCUACUUCUGAUGUAACUCCUCCAGCUUCUCCAUCCAAGGUACGUGAUGCUGCUCCAAAUACUGAUGAAAGAGAUGAUGAGGACAGCCCAAUGUUGAGAGGCAUUAGGAGUAAAUGCAUGACACAGCUGUUGCUUCUAGGUGUUAUUGAUGGUAUUCAGCAAAAGUACUGGGACAAGUUGAACACACAAAAUAAAAUCAAUGUCAUGGAGAUUUUAUUCUGUGUCCUGGACUUCUCUGCCUCAUACAACUCUUAUACCAAUCUCAGAUUGCGCAUGCACCAAAUUCCUGCUGAAAGACCGCCUCUGAAUCUUCUUCGCCAGGAGUUGUCUGGAACUUGCAUUUAUCUUGAAAUCUUGCUAAGAACAACAGCAGCAGUUGAUAACCCUGACGAGGAAGCCAUCAAAGAUGAUAAAAUAAAAGCAAUAGCUGAAGACAAGCUUGUAUCUUUUUGUGAACAUGUGCUGAGCGAAGCAUCUAAUUUUCAAAAUAGCAUGGAAGAGACAACAGAUAUGGAUGUUCAUCGAGUUAUAGAACUUCGAUCUCCCAUCACUGUGAAGGUGCUGAAAGGCAUGAGGAAACUGAACCCUGAGAUUUUCAAAAAUCACCUUACCGAAAUUUACCCUUCACUUACCAAACUUGUGUGCUGUGAACAGAUGGAUAUCCGCAAUGCUCUUGCUGAUCUUCUCAGUUCACAAUUGGGCCGACUGUUGCCAUAGAACUGACAUAAAGUGUCUUCCGGAAGCUGUAGGAAGGUUGUAUAUUCCAAAAUUGAGGAAGAUAUCGGCUGCUUUUCGCAUUGGUGGUGAUGCAUAUUUACAGGAGCAUUCUUUUCAUUAACAUUUUCUGUUUACCCACAUUUUUGGAACUUGAAAAUUGCUUUUUCAAGUACAAGAUAGGGCGAGAGAUGGAAACACAGCUUGUUCAUGUGCCUGUCUGAAUGAAAGCUAAAUGGUCGUCUGUCAUGUAUAGGAAACUACAGAAAUCGAGCUUGUUUUGGAUGUGAUUUUGGUUUUGAUUUUGAGUUAGAUAGAGUUGAAUGGAGGCUUAAGAGAAGAGUUGUAAUGAGCAUAGAGCAUUUUGAAGAGUUACCAUUAUUGAUCUACACAAACAAUUGUUUCUGCCAUGAUGUAUCUAAUCAAUAAUUGUACCUAAGACUAGAAAGUUUUGGGAUUUUGAAAACUAGAAAAUAAUAAAAAGUUAGUA